AUGGAGCUCUGGCAGGCCGCUGGGCGCGGUGUCGGAGCUGGUGCCGGAGCUGGUGUCGGAGCUGGUGCGCAGCUGGGGGCCUUGCUCGCGACCUUCGUUGACGGCCCGCGGCUCAGUGGGGCCAACCUGGUCGGCGGCGCCUGCACCCGAACGGCGGCGCUGGAGACGCCGACCCAUGACCCCGCUGACCAGGUCGACGGGACCGCCGUCCUCGAGGUCGAGACCUUUGGGGCGCCAGGCCCCGACGGGCUGUGUUUGGCAGCGCUGUUCCGCGGCGCGUCCGUGGCGGCGCGGGCCUUGCAGCUCGACGCUGCCUCCCCGACCCUGUGGACCACGCGUGCAACAAUGUUCGUGGUUGUCGCCGCGCGCAGCCCCCCUCCCCCCUCCCGUUCCGCCCCCAUCCAUUCCCUGUGCGUUUCCGUUCUGCCUUGUUGCAGGGCGCUUUGUUCGAGGCGGGCCACGGGCCCACGCGCGUCCAGCUCAUGCCGCUAA